AUGUGGGAGCCUUUUGGAUCGCCUAAACACAACGCAACAGGAGAGUGGAGAGGCGGACCAAAUGAAAGAGGCACAUUUGAUAUCCUCUCUACAUGUCUUAUCACUCUCAUUCUGUGUGUGUGGACAGCACUGCAUCUCAACAUACCCGAUCAUGGAAAGACUUCAGUUACGCACAUGGCAAAGAGAAAGACUGUAUGGCUCGUCGUUGGCCUCUUUGCGCCAGAAUUUAUUGUCUUGCUUGCUUUCCAGCAGUGGCUCAGUGCGAAGCAGCUACAGUCAGAAAUUGCAAAGAUUGCUGAGCGGACACGCCCUCGAGAUAAAAUGACUGAUAGAGAAGAUAUGGGCCCCGCCGCACAUGUUGAUAAAGAGGAGGGAAAUAAUACCGACUCUUACUCGAUCGAAGAUGACGUCUCUCCACGACCUCUCGCCGAAUGGACGAAGAUCCACGCGCAUUACGCGCUUAUGGGUGGCUUCGCAUUUUCAACGCAUAGAUCAGAGAUAAACAUCCUACCGGAUGACAUCACGCGAGCCGUGCUCACAACACAAGGACUCUUACAUAUAAUAAAGUACUUUCCCGACCUGAUUCCCGAUAUUUCGGAAGAGGCAAUAGAAGAUAAGAGCAAAGCUAGUGCAUUAGCGAAGACACUGGUGUGUCUACAGGCGACUUGGUUUGUCGUCGAGACCAUCGGCCGACUUGCGACGAGUUAUCCUAUUAGUCUGUUGGAGAUGAACACGCUUGUGCAUGCGCUGUGCUGUUUGGCAGUAUACAUUGCUUGGUGGGACAAGCCCUUGGAUAUCGAGGAAUCCACGCUCAUACCCUGUGACAAUACAAGGACGGAAAGUUUGUGUGCUCGGAUGGUCGAGAAAAGCGGCCUGGGAGAGCUGCACAAACCCACCGAGCUCAUCGUACUUCCUAAAUUCUUAGCAGAUCCUUUACCAGGAACCUUUGAGGGCGUUCUUGUCAAGGCUGCGCAAGACCCAGAUGAAACAACCAACGGCAUAGAACCACCAAACUCGUUUGAAGAUUCUCGCAGGUCUGUGUAUGCCUGGUUGCACAUACAAGGAUACGAAAGCCUUUUCCAGCUUAUCAUGUCAGAAUUAAAAUUCGAUCUCAAUAAACCACUAGCCCAGUCGCCGUUACCGGCAUCAGUGAACAAGUCAUCUAGCGAUGCACAAACCAAGUCCAGGGUCAGACUAGUCUGCGAAAAUGAAAUGCUAGUUUUUGACACUGCUCUAACGAAUAUACGUGUCGGAACGGGCCAUCAUCGAAUAGACUUUCUCGUGCACAAGCCGCUCUUAACCUCUAGAUCGGAGUUCAUCAAGCGUGCCACCAGCGAGGAAUGGUACGGGAAAACUUUCAUCGCAGAUAAUGUAGAUCUACCGGACGACGACCCCAAUACUGUGAAACUAUACCUCAAUCUGGUCUAUGCGAAUCAGCUAGUCAUCAACGGUACUGGGCAGUGGCUGAAGCUGUGUCAGCUCUACGUGUUGGCAGAGAAAUUACAAGAUACUACGUCUAAGAAUAAGAUAAUCGACGGAAUGCUCGUCUUCUACCAAGAGCUGGUCAAAGAAACCCCACUGAGCGUUAACAGCAAACGUAUGCUCCCGGCUGCAGCAACAGUAAAGCUGUAUGAGGGUACGCCUGAUCGAAGUCAGGCCAGGAAGCUCCUCUUGGAUCUGUACUCCGACUUUGGCGACGAGUCCUGGCUUCGAAGCGAGCAGACAGAAUUGCCGGCCGAAUUCAUCUGCGACGUUGCCGUCCGAUUGUUGCAAAAGCGCACUUGUGUCAUCUUUGGCUCAAAAAUCAUGGGCCCUUCGUCUCACUACUAUGAACCCAGCGUAUCUUUGCCGGAAAAGGCCGGCACCGUGACUGGGGAAAUAAAUGAUGCCUCAAAAGACAGACAGAGCGACACGGUCAAGGUUGUUAAAUUAGCGGAGGAGAAUAUUACAGAAAAGGACACAAAUUCCAAAGACAUCAAGCCAGAAUCGAAACUCGGAAGUUCCGGCGCUGCAGCUUCUCAAGUGGCAACACCGGUUGCUGGCAAUGCACUGCCGCCACUCAAAGGGCUCGCGACGACAGUGAAAUGA